AUGUUGACUUUUAGACGAGGCAUGGCCACUACGGCUAAGAAAGCAGCAGAUGGUGCAAUUUUAUCAUCCAUUGUUCUUUCUAGAAAUCCAAUUGUCACUCCGGAUUUGACUGAAAUGGAGAGCAAUUACUAUAAGUACCAGUCUGGAUUGGAAAGACGUCUGAUGUGGACUUUCCCGGAUUAUUUCUAUUUUAAGAAAGGUACUUUAUCUCAAAAUAAGUUCGCAAAUUUACAGAAAGGUCCAAUCUCAAAAUUACCUGGUGUUUGGUUUCCAAAGGGUCUUCCAGAUAUCAAGCAAAGUAGAGAAAGAAGCCAAAAACAAAAUGUUCUUCUUCCUAAAGGCGCUUCGAAUGAAGGACCCUCGAAAGAAGAAGAUUUAUCUAGACCAGUUGUACCAAAUUCAAGAAUUACAGAAGCUGAUAAAAAGGGCGAUAUCUCAAGUAUAGAAAGAAAAUUGAGUAGAACAUUAUAUUUAUUAGUUAAAAAUAAGGGAGGAAAAUGGACAUUCCCUAAAUUUGAAGUCUCUGACAAUAGUGGUUUACAUAUUAGAGUAGAAACUGGCUUGAGAGAAAUAGGUGGUGAGGAAAUUAAUACUUGGACUGUCUCAAGAACCCCAGCAGCCGUGAUGAAUCAUAAGAACGGUUCUAAUGAAUUCUUUAUCAAAUCUCAUAUUUUGGGUGGUAAGUUCGAAUUACAAGAUCCAAGUAAAACACUAGUGACGGACUUUGCAUGGUUAACUAAAGAAGAAAUAAAAGAUCUUGUAGAUAAAAGCUAUUAUAAAGGAACAGAGUUUAUGCUUUCCGAGAUUUAG